AUGGCAGUCAGCGGAGAGGGGACUACAAUUUAUUUGAGAUGGCAACCGCCUCCGCCAACGGGGAAAACCUCCGCCAACGAGCGCGUUGGAGACUCGGCGGCGUUCUCAAGCUCGUCCUUUUUGCCGGUCGUCGGAGAUAGGGAUGAGUUGGGGAAGAUGAAGGGCGGUUCGCGAUCGAAGAGAAGAGAGGAGGGAGACUCGACGGCGUUCUCGAGCUGGAGAAGGCGAAGGACAACGGCGUUCUUGAGCAUUCGAGCUCAUCCUUCUCGUCGUUCGCUAGCGGCAACAGUGAGCUAG